AUGCUACGUUCUCGGCUAUUAUCGAUUAAUCAACUGGUGCUUCAACGAACUGUUGUAACGAAAGCAAAAAGUUUUGCUGUGAAUCAUGAAAAUAAAGAGGAAGAAAAACAGCAAGAUAUAAAACUCGAUAAUUCAUCUUCAAAUAUGCUGUAUAAACCUCCACGACGACCAUUAAAGCAUCAAUUUACGCAUCAAGUAACAAAUCAAGUUCCACCACUUGAAAAAGUGAAUCUGUAUGAAACUGAUUUAGCCUUACAAGAAUUUCUUACAAAAGAAAAUAGUGGAGAAAUGAGAAAUAUGGCUGCUGAACUAGGUGUUUAUCAUUGGUUUGAACAGGGACAUCGAGCUAAUCAACAUACACCAAUAUUAAAUCAAUUUGAUCGUUAUGGACAACGUAUUGAUGAAGUUCAAUUUCAUCCUUCUUAUCAUGAUCUUAUGGGAAUAGGCAUGCGAUAUGGUACUCAUUCUAUUGCUUGGGAAUCAUCAUCAACAACAACAAAACAUGAAGUGAAUCCACAUGGACAUCUACAACAUGCGGCAGCCAUUUAUCUACUUGGCCAAAUAGAAUCAGGCGUUUGUUGUCCUUUAUCCAUGACAUAUGCUGGCAUUCCUGUGCUUGAUCGAUAUCUUCAUCGUACAAGUUCAAAUUUAACAAAAAGUUUUCCAUUAGACAAACUUCUAUCUCGCCGAUAUGAUCGACGAUUUUUACCAGCCACUACCAAAUCUGGUUUAACCAUCGGAAUGGCAAUGACAGAAAAACAAGGUGGUAGUGACGUUCGUUCAAAUACAACAAAAGCUUAUAGUGAUAAUACAGAUGAAAAACGUUAUAUUCUCGUUGGUCAUAAAUGGUUUUGUUCAGCACCGAUGAGUGAUGGUUUUCUGGUUCUCGCACACAUUCAAAAUGAUGACGUGAAUCAUAAAUCAUCAUCUACUAGUGUUCCAUCGUGUUUUUUUGUUCCACGAUGGUUACCAAAUGGUGAACGAAAUCCAUUCUAUAUUCAACGAUUAAAAGAUAAACUUGGCAAUCGUUCAAACGCAUCAAGUGAAAUUGAAUUUAAUAAUACGCAAGCUUGGCUGUUGGGUAAAGAACAUGAUGGUGUCAAAACUAUUAUUGAAAUGGUGCAUGGCACACGUUUAGAUGCGGCUCUUGGAAGUGCGGCAUUAACACGACAAGCUUUAGUUCAGGCUACGUGGCAUGCUCGUCAUCGAAAAGCAUUUGGCCAAUUAUUAAUUGAUCAACCACUUAUGAAACAGGUUCUGAUCGAUUUAUUACUUGAAUCAGAAGCAGCUACAGCACUUGUUAUGUAUCUUGCAACGCUUUUUGAUUCUACAUAUAAUGCAAAUAAUUCAACUAACAUUAGUGAAACAAAAGCAUUCGUUCGUAUAGCUACAGCUAUAUCAAAAUUUUGGAUUUGUAAACGAACGCCUGAAGCAACCUAUGAAGCAUUGGAGUGUCUCGGCGGAGCUGGCUUUGUUGAAGAAUCAAAUAUGUCUCGUAUAUAUCGUGAAGCACCAUUAAAUAGUAUUUGGGAAGGUAGUGGCAAUGUUAUCUGUUUAGAUAUAUUACGUGCAAUGAGAAAAUCGCCAGAAUCACUUCAAGCUUAUUUAUCAUUUAUGCGUGAAACAAAAGGUUCAAAUAAACAUUUAGAUGCAGCAUUUGAACGUAUUGAAAAAACUUUAUUAACAAAAACUUUAUCUAACGACAUUCUUGAACGUAAUGCUCGAACAUUAGCUACACAAUUAGCAUUAUGUCUUCAAGCUGCUUUACUCAUUCGUCGUUUACCACAAACAGUUAGUGAUGCAUUUUGUUCAUCACGUCUUGGACCUGAUCGUGGUUCUAUAUUUGGUGAUUUACCAAUGGAUAUUGAUACGGAUAAACUUUUAAAAAGAUUACCUUUCUAA